AUCUUUCGGUUGAUGAUGUUUGUUGAUAAUGGACUUUCUGCCGGAAUGGGUUUAGACUUUGGGUGGCAACAGAGAUAUGCCCGCUUCUGUGGAAGAGUAGUGGUCCUUUCAAUACUUGCUUUGCUUCUAUAUCCAUUUCUCUGGGCUUGGACUAUCAUUGGUACAUUGUGGUUCACUAGUGCCAGGAACUGCUUGCCUGAAGAAGGUCAGAAAUGGGGCUUCCUCAUCUGGUUACUUUUCAGCUACUGUGGACUACUUUGCGUUGCUUGCAUGUCAUUAGGCAAGUGGUUGGCCCGAAGACAAGCACAUUUGUUACGUGCCCAGCAGGGUAUUCCUGUGUCUGAAUAUGGAGUUCUGGUGGACAUGAUCCGAGUGCCUGAUUGGGCAUUUGAAGCUGCUGGUCAGGAAACAAGGGGUAUGGGCCAAGAUGCUGGCGCAUAUCAUCCUGGUCUAUACCUAACCCCAGCUCAGAGAGAAGCAGUUGAAGCUUUAAUUCAGGAACUCCCAAAGUUCAGGUUGAAGGCUGUUCCAACUGACUGUAGUGAAUGCCCCAUCUGCUUAGAAGAAUUCCACGAGGGGAAUGAGGUCCGUGGCCUGCCUUGCGCUCAUAAUUUUCAUGUUGAAUGCAUUGAUGAGUGGCUUCGCCUUAAUGUAAAAUGUCCUCGGUGCCGCUGUUCAGUAUUUCCAAAUCUUGACCUUAGUGCUCUGUCCAAUCUCCGUCCUGAAUCAGAACGAUCUUCUGCCAGUGUUGUGACGACAACAAGAUAUGUGAGAGGUCAACCCUCUAGUCAGAGUUAUUUGUUGAGAUUACAGGGUCUGCUCCGCCCAGUGCGUUCAGAAAUCGCUGGGCCGGGUGGUGAGGUGCGUAAUACUUCAGAAAAUGCAGAGAAUGGUAGUGUGCCUGUCGUAACACGAAAUGCAUCAAUUGGAGACCAAGGCCGUUCAGUCGAAUGCAUGCCUGUCAGUCUCUCCUCUGCACCAAACUAGAAUGACAUUUUCAUUACUUCUGUCAUACUUUAAAUCCAUUCUAAGAAAUUGAAGUCGAGUAUCCAUAUCUGGCCAUUUUAUGAAGCUAUAUAAAAUGGUAUAUACAUAACCAGAAAUUUUCGCAUUUGAUCCAUGAUGAAAUGGAUCUAUUUCCUUCUGCGGGAAGUGACAGAAACCUGAAAAUACUAGCCCGCCCGGCCCAAAAAGGAAAGGUGGGGCGGGCAUCCGAGCCUUUUGGUAUUUGUUUUUCUCUUAGCUAACGUAGAUUAGAGAUGUAGACGUGUAAUUGUUUUUUGUUCAGUGAAAUGUAAAGAGUUAAAAAUAAUUGUAAGUUGAAUUUGGUCC